UGCCGCUCCUCUCACAGCGAGCCCCCGGCCCCGGCGAGCGCCUGCCUAGGGGACUAACCUCAUCCCCAGCCAAUCCGCCGGCUCCUAUCGCUUGGCCAACCCCUUUCCCGAGCCAGGCGCGCACUGGAAACCUCCGACGGGGCCCAUGUUUCACCCUGGGGGCCGGCUUCGUGCUGAGGGGCCUGGGCGGGGAGGUGCCGCGCUGAGCUGGGCGGUGUGAGAAGGGGGCGACCCAGUGCGCUAACCUGAGGUGGUGCCAGCCAUUCUGCUGCUCGUCCCUUUGCACUUCUCCAUUUCCUCUUAGGGCUUGAAUGGGGCCUUCUGCGGGCGCUGAGUGCGACCUUCAAACCCUGGUUGGAGUAGUGCCACGCAUGCGUCUUUGAAUAGCCUGGUUAUUUGAUUACCUGAACUCCUUUGCGUAGAGCAGCGCCAUUUUGCAGUACCGAAGCUACAAGGCAUCAUCACAGACUGCAGCCUUCCACAAAUCUGCUUCCUGUCAAGUUUUUUGCUUGAGAGGAUGACACCCGAAAUCCGAUCGAGGAAGAUUUAAAGGGCCAGGCUGGUUGCUUUUCUUAAUUCAGGUCUCUGGAGUAACCAGAACCACCCAGGAGUUGGCUUGCUGGUCUCCUCUUCCCCUUGCCGGUCUCAUUUUCACAGCUCUCCCAAAACCAUGUCCAGGCCCUCCCUCAUCACCUUCACCCCAGCCACUGACCCCAGCGACCUCUGGAAAGAUGGGCAACAACAGUCACAGGCUGAAGAGCUGGAGCCUACUCUGGAUGGGGCUGCAGCCAGGGCUUUCUAUGAGGCCUUGAUUGGAGAUGAGGGCAGCACCCCUGAACCUCAGAGAUUGCAACCUGAGCCUGCCAGUGAGAGAAAGAGGAAGAAGAGAAGAAUGAUGAGAAAGGCUGCAGCAGGAGCAUCAAGGGGACGUGGACAAAGGAGAUCCCUUGAGGCUGAGGACAAGAUGACUCAUUGGAUACUGAGGGCAGCCCAGGAGGGAGACUUGGCAGAACUAAAAAGGCUGUUGGAUCCCCAUGAGGCCGGGGGAGCUGGAGGAAAUAUCAAUGCUCGGGAUGCCUUCUGGUGGACCCCCCUGAUGUGUGCUGCCCGAGCAGGCCAGGGGGCCGCUGUGCGCUAUCUCCUGGGCCGGGGGGCUGCCUGGGUCGGGGUCUGCGAGCUGGGUGGCAGGGAUGCUGCUCAGCUGGCCGAAGAAGCAGGCUUCCCUGAGGUGGCCCGCAUAGUCAGAGAGAGCCACGGAGAGACGAGUCCAGAGAACAGGUCCCAAUCCCCCUCCACCCAGUACUGUGAGACCUGUGAUGCCUACUUCCAAGACUCUAACCACCGCACAUCUACUGCUCACCUGCUGUCACUGUCCCAGGAUCUCCGGACUCCCAAUCUGCACUUUGGGAUGCCCACCUCCAGCCCAGGCUUCAAGCUGCUGCUUAGAGGGGGCUGGGAGCCUGGAAUGGGGCUGGGACCCCAAGGAAGGGGCCGUGUCAACCCCAUCCCCACUGUCCUCAAGAGAGAUCAGGAAGGAUUAGGGUACAGAUCAGGGCCCCAACCCCGAGUCACACACUUCCUGGCUCAGGAUACCCGGGCAGUAGCGGGGAGAGAGAGAGUCCCUCAGGCAACCACACUGAGCAGGAGGGAGGAGAGAAGGCAGAAGGAGAAGGACAAGGCCUGGGAGCGGAAUCUGAGGAUGUACAUGAACCUUGAGUUUUGACCUUGGCAAGGUCUGACCCUGAUCUGCUGCUGAAGUCUGAGCUUGGGCCUCUGACAUGGGUACUUUGGCUUACAUUUCCUGGGUUCUACUCAAGUCCCAGACACUCAGAUUUUUAUCAAUAGACCCUACCUUUGGGAGAGAGGCUGAGAGUUGUGAAAUAAAUCAACCAUCUCACUUUUUUGUAUUUUAUUUUUAAAAUAUGUAUUUAUUGAUUUCAGAGAGAGAAAGAG